AUGUCUACCUCGUACUCGUUUUUGCCGUCCUGGUCGGUCGGGGUUCAGAGUAACCUCCCUAGGACGAACGAGGCUCUCGGGGCUGCUGAUCACUGCGACGUGAUAUCUCUUCUUGCUGUUGCGCAGCAUCACGGUGUUGAUCUACUGUCAGUGACAUACCAGCCGGCUCGGGGAGACUUAGGUGAAGGAGGCGAGGCGGUUAUCCGCCAAUCGUUUGUGGUCAAAGAAGUCGACCUUGCGUUCAAGACACUCAAAGUCUUCUACGGUGAAGUUCCAGAUGAGUCAAGUGCGCAGACGGUCUCGCGGGCCUUCGAGACUAUGAUGACAGAGAUCACCAUCCUUUCCCAGCCACAAGUUCGGGAGUCCGCCAACGUAGCCAACCUAGCCGGAAUCAGCUGGAAUGUGGCAACUAAGUCUGUUUGGCCUGUUUUCGCUUACAAGCGGGGUGUGCCGCUGCGGGAGCAUCUCGUCGGAAAUGCUCACGAGACGUCUUUGAGUGUAGAGAGAAAGCUUGAUCUCUGUGUCGUCCAUGGGGACAUCAAGCCCCAAAACAUAAUUAUGAUCAGUGGUCCGCAGGGACAUAGCAUACCGAGAAUUUCAGACUUCAGUCUAUCGGUCAUCGGACAAGACUGGGAACUUCGGCGCCUUCCCCGAACACCAGGCUGGUCUGCGCCGGAAUACCACGGUCGAGAUUUCAAAAUCUGCAAUGCACGCCUAAUGGACGUAUACUCACUUGGACUGGUCUGCCAUUAUAUUCUGGCGUGGGACCAAGCUUUCUCUCAUUUGUCAACAACAGAGGAGGAGGACGAAGCAAUGCAACACCUACAGACUCUGGCGCGUUCCAACCCGGCAGCCCCCCUUCAGAUGGCUAUCGGGCACCUUAACAAGAUUAACCUCGGUGAAGACACUCGUUCGAUGGUGGAGCAGUUAUUUCGAAGCACUCUCGCUCCAGACCCCCAAGAUCGAGCUCAGAGUGGUACUCAGGUUCUGUCCCUCCUUGGACCGGUUGACUUGGGUGACCCAGCGGAUAAAGGCCAACUUGCAUCGCCCAUCGAUAUUCCCAACAGAUGCUGCUUUCACGUUGGGCGUUCUAUUGUACAACUUAGCGCUGCGGACUUUCGAGUUCGAGAGUUCAUCUAUCAGGCCCUAAAACGGUCUGCCGCAUCAUUGCGCAGCGAGUGCAGAAGGAACAAUGCGCUUCAGGCAGCUAUAUGCUCCUCAGUCGCUUUUGGCACCGAGCGGUCGUCUGAGGAGGUAAGGCGGUCACUGGAAAUCGGGCAGCUCGACGAAAAGCGGCUUGCAUCAGAACUCACAUCCUUGAAAGAUGUCUUCCGCCCUGAUCAGCCCAGUUCGUUGCCUUAUCUGUUGCAGGCAGAUCUGUUACAUGAGUAUCAGCGACGGGGAGACAUGAAAGCCGCAUGUCGCCACUUAGAAUCGGAAGUCGAGGGUCUAUCAUCAACUUUCGGCGAACAUCACCCGGUCUUGGCUUUCCAGAGGGCAUCUUUGGCCGCCGUUCUUGACGAGGCAGGAAAAAGCCGAAGGGCGCAAGAGCUUCAGACCAGCGUCUUCGAGACCAACAGGAGAAUGCUCGGCGAAAGCCAUCCCGAAACGGUCGCAUCAUUGGCACAGCUGGCUUUGCUCCUUGACCAUGCUGGACAGACAGCACAGGCUAUCGAGACAGGCAAACAAGCCCUUCAACUAUACCGGCAAAGUCACCUAAGCGACAAUCGCCACUCAAUAGCGGCCGAGGCAAAUCUAGCCAUGGCCUACUUCCAUGCAGACCGGUUCGAGGAUGCCGAGCGCCUUCAAGCCCAGGUAGUGACGAAGUACGAAACUAUCUUAGGGCCGGAGCAUCCGAGUACGCUGAAUUGUCUGAAUAAUCAAGCGACGUUCAUGAUGUGGCUUCCGAGCGCCAAAGGCGAAGUCGCCUUGGAGAUCAACCGACGCAUCCUCAAAGCCCACGAAAAGCAUCAAGGACCGCUGCAUAGAGACACUUUGAGGGCACACUCCUCCUUGCUGGGUGCAAUGGUCCAAUUGCAUGGACCCAGCAUGGAGACACUCGAUGCGCAAAGAAGCGUUCUCCAACGAGCAGAGGCAUUUCUAGGCCCUGAUUCCAUUGACCCCUGGAUCUAUGCAACAAACGCAGCCUCGUCCAUGAUGGACUUGGGUCUGACAGACGAUGCCUCGUUGCUUUAUCGAAAGGCCUGGCCGAACAUAGAUCGACUUCUCGGUCAAUCAAGCCGCCAGACACUUGAUGUCAUGAACCACUACGCACGAGCAUGUCGUUCCCAAGGCUUGCAUGAAGAAGCCCGAAGGAUCUGUCACGAAAUCAUCCAUGAGGACCAAAUCAUAAGCGAGGAUAACGAAACUGACGAAGGGUGUUCCGAGAUGUCCUUUCGGAGCCUCUGCACGAUUGCCCUGUCGUACUACGAUCAGAGAGACUACCCAAAGGCAAAAGGACUGUUUGAGAGAAUCACCAAGCUUUCAGCUAUGAAUUGGGGGUCCCCUUUCGCUCAUAGCGAGUCUCGACUCAUCAUGUCUUACUUGCAAGACCUCUACCAGUCUGAUGGAGACGCGCAGGGUGCCGUCGACUUGAAUAAGCUUCUAGUUCAAUGGGAGACCCAAGACGAUGAUCCUCGAAGCCUGGCGUCGCAAAUCAACCUUGCGGGUGCUUACGCGAAGAACGGCAAUUACAAAGUCGCACUGGAAACUCUUCCGGAUCUCUACGAAAGAGCCUUACAGAAGCAUGGUCCCCAGCAUGAAAUCACAGUAGCUUCCGUGACACACCUCACCAGAUCCUGGUCAGGCCUCGAGAUGCAUGAGCCGGCUAUCAGUCUGGGCAGGGAUGUACUAGCUAACCUCAAGGAGACAGUCGGGCCGGCACACGAGGAUACACUACUCAUCAUGAAUAACCUUGCGACUAGCCUCUUGACAGUAGAAUCAUUUACGGAGGCAGAAGCGUUGCUAACAGGACUCCGGGAGGUACACACUGAGCAAAAUAAUCAUGAGGGAAGCUGCCUUGCGAUGCAUAACUUGGCGUACCUUUACCAUACCCAGGGAAAGUUCAAAGACGCCAUAAAAAUACAGCGAGAUCUAGUCCAGAAGCACAUGAGCCAAAGUACUAUCUCAACCUUUGACUCGGUGGAAGAGCGGUACUACCUAGCUUCCUACCUGAGGGACGAUCCAGCAUGUUUUCAAGAGUCUUUACAACUCUCAAAGGACACUUGGGUUACUGCUGAUUCCUCAUAUGGGUACGAUCAUCAUCUGACAAUGCUGGCGGCCAAUCUGGCCGGGGAGAUCCAGAUGGAGCUGGGCAACCUCGACGAAGCCCAGAUGUUCUUUGAUAGAGUGCUUAAGGCGGCAGAGAACAUCACCACGGACAAUAAGGAUCAGUGGUUGAAGGAUACUCGGAGAAACCUCGAACUCCUCCAAGCUAAACGUCGCGGAGAUUGCGCAAAGAACACAGCAUGGUUGAACUCGUUUCUCUGA